UGUUUUUUCUUCUUCCUGCAGGUAAUGUAACAUUCUGAAAUAUCACUGUGAUAUCACUCUCAUUUUUUUUCAUUUAAUAUUUACUUUCAUUGCCAGGCUUAAACCCAAAUCAGUUGAAGUCAGUGCCAGUCGCUUGAAAAUCAUAGUUAAAACCGUGUUGCCGCCUAAACGGUCUCUCGUGUUGAGCAUCUCUUUACAUAUGUUUUUUUCUCCAUUCUUUUAGAACUCAUGGCAACUAAAACAGUGAUUGAGCAACCUCAGUCGGUGAUAGUCCAAAACUCCCAGGAGUGGGGAAGUGGGCUGUUUGACUGUUUCGAUGAUUUGGGAACUUGCUGUUUUGCAUACUGGUGCUUCCCCUGCUUUGCCUGUAUGACAUCUAGAGACUUUGGGGAGCAUCUCUGUCUCCCCAUGCUGGAUUGGUUUGGUGGUUGCGUCCCACCAAUCACCUUGUCCCUGAGGGUCUUGAUGCGACACAGAUAUGGCAUCAAGGGCUCCAUUCCUAUGGACUGUGUGUUAUCCAGCUUCUGUUUCAUCUGUGCCUGGUGUCAGAUGUCCAGGGAGAUACAGAUGAGAAAACUCCCGGUCGUCAAGGUCAAAACCCAAAGCGCAUGAACCCGGGGUCACCGUCUGGGUCGAUACACGCUCUGGUGAUGGGAAUGUUGUAGAUGAUUUUUAACUGAGGAACAUUUGUGCUUUCCAAUCAGCUUACAAUUAACUGUUUUUUUAAAUCACAGCUUUUGCAAUGUAAAAAAAAAAAAAAUUGUACCCAUUUGUUUGUUACAGAUGCAUUUAAAAUAUUUUCCAAAUUAUGCUUCCCCUCAACCAUUUUAUGGCAAUAAAAGUAUGUUAUGAGUUCA